AGUCAUUCGGUCGUCGUCGUCCGUCGUCAACGACUCUAACCGAAAAUAAAAAACGUCGUCUUAAAUCGUUAUCAUUAAUAAAUAAUAAUUUUAUCUUUAUCGCGUGGACGUGACGUCGUAACGUCUCCAAAGUUCAACGCGACACGUCACUACUCUUGGUCGUUCGAUACUCUAAAAUUAUCAUAUUUUAUGCAUGAUACAAAAUAUUAUACCCAACGACUAAUGAGCGUUUGGGACCGUUCGACGGAAACGAGCGAAACGUUCUUCUCAAAAACCCAACCGCCUACUGGACGAUAAAACAAUUUAUCUAUAAAAAAAUAAAAAAUAACCGUGUCGCGAAUUCGAUCGGCCAAUGCCGUCAAGUGUCGUCCGCCGUCGUCGACUUCGCGGGAAAGUCGUGUCGCCGGCGAUUGCGCAUGGUGCCCGUGGUGGCGAUAACAAGCGAUGAUAUAAACAUUAUAAACGCGCACGCACCGAGUGGCGACGGUGGCGGUGUUUGUCGGUCGGUCGGACCUGUGAGGCUGCGACGAAAGGCGAAAAUCCUCGUAGAGUUAUCACGACGAUAACAGUACGACAAUAUAUGUAUACAUGUAACACUGCUUACCUAUACAAGUAAUACAAUAGGAUAAACAACGAUAAUAAUAUUAUUAUGAUCUCAUCGCCGUAGAAACGGUGUAUGAAGUAGCAACACGAUCACCUCCCGGGAACGCACGUAGGCAGUCUUUCGCGUGCUCGUUCGUUCGGUCGACGUCAUGACGACGUGCCAUAGCCACCGCCACCGAUGCGAUAGGUGAAAAACGCCAUCGGCCGUUGCGUUUCAUCACAGCAGCCGACGACGACCAGACAUGGAAGCCGUGGUCCAAUUCGAUUACGCGGCCCGCGAACCCGACGAGUUGACAUUGAAGAAGGGAGAAGUCAUCACCGAUGUCAAGCCCAUGCCCGACGGAUGGAUGGAAGGACACAAGGACGGCAAGAAAGGAAUGUUUCCCGACACCUAUGUUAAAAUUGUUCAUACUUCGGCCGGCGUUGUUUUGAGAAAAAAAAAUGCUAGAAAGUGUAAGGUUUUGUUCAGUUACAAACCAGCAAACAGAGACGAGUUGGAGUUGAACAUAGACGAUGUUAUCGAAGUUAUUGGCGAAGUCGAGGAAGGUUGGUGGAAAGGAGAGCUUAGGAAUGAAAUUGGUGUAUUUCCAUCCAACUACGUCACUGAAAUAUCAGAUGUUAAGAGUAUUAGUAGAAGUGACUCUAAAACUUCAACUGGAUCCAUUAAGAAAGAAGAAAGCAUCAAAAAAGAAAAAUCUAUUGUGGAACCAAUCAAAACUGCUGAUAAUAAUAUAGAAUCCAAUGCUCCAGUUCUACCUCCAAAACCAGCUAAAGAAGUCUGUGUGGCACUCUUCCCUUAUGAAGCUGUCAAUAGUGAUGAAUUAUCACUAGCUGAAGGCGAUAUAGUUACUAUUUUAUCACGCGAAGUAGAAGACAAAGGCUGGUGGAAAGGAGAGCUAAAAGGAAAAAUUGGUGUGUUUCCUGACAAUUUUGUUCAAAUAAUGAAUCAAGAUGAGUUGGCAGCCAAAUCUGAAAAAACUGUCAGUAGUCCACGUAGCGGCACAACGGCUUCACUGCGCAAAGUUUUUCAGAGCCAAAUGGAAAAUAAAUCUUUGGGACCAGUGGUGAGCAAAAAACCUGCUCUGCCACCACCACCACCAACAACCAAAAAACCACCCACUGCCAAAAGUUCUUCCACGUCUUCCUUGUCAAAAACUAUUAGUGGUAUUAAAUCCAUGUUAACUUCUGAACAAAAUACCACGGAUAAAAUGAAGCAUAUAACGUCUGAAAUUGGUGAUUCUAAGCAAUACGGUUCUAUAGCUGUAAAACGUUCAGAGUCUGUUGGUUCCAUGAAAAAAUCAUCUGAUUUGCCAGAUGGCUCAAGUAUGAGUAGAUCAACAUAUCAUGUUACGCCGGGAUCGUCCCCUACAUCAUUAGUGCUUACAAAUCAUGAUAAUAAUUCUUCUGAGCCCAAGAGUCCUGAUUUUGAUCAAAUCGAGAGAACCGCCAUGCUUAGUCAUCCUACAGCAUCUCGAGCUAAGGCGCCUAGAAGAAGGCCACCAUCUGCAGCGUUCAAUGUAUCCAGCGAAGAAGAUCCUGCAUUGGAUCCCCCACCAACAAAUGGAAUACCCGGUGUGGAUAAAGAAAAGGCCCCAUGGGUUCAAGAGUUGAUGAUGAAUCAGGCCAAGAAAUCAUCGAUAACUAAUUCUGUGAUAGGUGGUGGUAGAACACGAGUGAUGAUCAAUCCUUCUACAACCACCAUAACAUCAGAGAGUUCAGAAACCACAACAGUUACAUCCAGAUCAGGAUUGACUUCAGUGGGUUUAGGUGGUGUUGUUUUUAAACCCCCUGGUUAUGUGCCACCUCUAACCACACCUGAACCGGUCACAGUAAGCACACCAACCAGUCCUGUUGCUCCAACCGAUUUUAGUCUGUCAUCACCAUCUGUAGAGGGAAAUCUAAUAGCAGUGUUAAAUGAAAAGGUGAAACAAUUAGAGUCCACUGUUCAAUUGCAAAAUAGUUUACUUGACAAGUUGUCAACUAAAUUAGAAGUUGAAACUGAAAAGCGUAUGGAGAUCGAGAAAGAAAUGAAAAAGAUCAUGGAACUCGUAACAAGAGUUUGACUUGGACAGCAGUAUUUCUGUAUUAAUGAAUAGUUAUAAUAAUGAAAAGAUAAUCAAACAAGUACUUAAGACCAUUACCAAUUUGUUGCUUAUAAUUUAUUUAUUCCAUGAGUAGCCAUGCAUUGAAUAUCAUGAUUAUGUUAAUAGUAUGUACAUUUUUAAUCUAUUAGUAUUGAUAAUUUAAAUUUAUUCGAAAGUCAAUGCCAGAACCCUAAUCUCGAUUCUGUGUUCUGUCUCAUCGGAAAAAUUAGUAUUGGUUAUUAUAUUUUGUGAUAACCUAUUCCCAUGUCCCUUGCACAUCAUAAAUUUAUUUUUCAUUCUUCUAGUCUAUAGAGUCAAAUUGUUCAUCGUUUUCAUUAAUAUUUUAAUUAAGUAUUAUUAUUAUUAUUAUUAUUAUUAUUAUUAUUAUUAUUGUAUUCUAAUCAUUCCUUGAGCUUUUUAGUUCAGUUUGAACACUAAAUGUGAUAAACAGUGGCUUUUCUGACAAUUAUUGAUGCAGUUUUCACAAUAUUACUUCUUACUUCUUAGUUCACAAUAUAAACAAUAUCAUAAAUCUCAUUGAAUUAUAAAUUCAAUUUUGAUCCUAUUAUAACAUUUUAAAAGUAACAUAAAGAGCUAAGUUACAGUUAACUGUAUAACUGCCACUAGAAUUUAUUUACUAAAUACAUUUUAUAGUGAUUUUUAUUUUACCUUUUUUUUACAUUCCUUUUUUACAUACAUUCUUAUUCAUAAUUUUUCAAAAAAAAAAAAAUAAUGCACUUAUCCAGAAUUGAUUUUUGUAAUAGUGUGCAAUUAGUGUGUUCUGUUAAGUUUCUUUAUGUAUAAUAUAUAUAUAUAUAUAGACUACCAGGAAUGUGGCGUCUAUGGUGUUAGAAAAUCACUGUCUGGAAAAGUUAAUGUUGUUAAUCGGAUAUUCAGUUGUAAUUUUAUGGCACGCAAAUUGAUAUCCAUUUACAUGCUCUAUUACAAUAUAAAUUAUAUUUUUAUAUGUUUAUUGAUUGAUUCCCUAGUCCAAUUUUUAUACUGCUAAAUGUUUAAUGUGCUAAAAACUUAAUUUUUAUUUUACACAUAAAUUAUUCAUUCAUGGCUAAACCUUUACUACCAUUAUUAUGUUAGGCUCUAAUUUUCUAUAAAUUGUAUUAAUUUUAUAAUAAUUUAAAUAGAUUUUAUU